AUGGAUAACACAGAUUUAAAAAUUUUAAUUGAUGAUUUAGUAUUUAAUCAAAAUUUUCUUGAUUAUUAUGAUUUAAAAGCAUAUCUCCAAAAACAUAAUAAAAAUAUAACGGGUGAUGAUAUGGAUUAUUAUUAUUCGUAUUAUAAAAAUGAAAUUUUGAAAUAUCAUGAUAAAAUAAUUUCUAAAAUUAAAGACAAAAUUAAAAAUAAUGAAUAUACAAAGGGAAAAACUAAAUCACAACUUAAACAGUUGAAAGAUUUCAAAAAUAAAGUAUUAACAAAAAAAGAUAUUGAUGAAUUAUAUAAUUUAUAUAAUCCCGAGCCACAAAAGGUACAAAACGCCCAGGUCCUUCAGACCAUAAAUGAUGCACAAGCUUUAAUUUAUGAUUCAUUAGUUAAACCAUAUUCAGCCCGACUUUUAAAUGAAGAUCAACUUUUGGAAAUCAUCCUUCAACAUAAACUCGAAGCGGGAAAGUAUAUCAAACCUUUAUAUACAGCAUAUUUAAAACAAAUGAACAGAAUACAUCCAGAAUUAAUGAAAGUGGGUGUCAAAUCCAAAACUUCAUCAUCCAAAAUCAAAGCAGAUAAAAUUAAACCACUUACAACACCAAAACCUCCAUCGACAGUACCUCCAACGACAGUACCUCCAACGACAGUACCUCCUCCUUCAGUUAAUCCUUCAUCAUUCACUUUAUUAUAUCCAUUUCAAACAUUAAAGAAGCAAAAAGAUUUUAAAAAGGAUUUCAAGAUAUUAAAUAAACCAAUUGACCCGAAAAUUCAACCGUUAAAGAAAAAAUUCAGUCGCCCUUCAUUUGCACCAUAUCCAUAUUCAUACGAAAUCGAUCAUCUGGAAUAUUCAAAAGGAAACAUUACUUAUUUAUUCAUCAUUAACAUUAACACUAGAUAUUUAUAUUGCAUUCCAGUGAAAGGGAAAACAGAACAGGAAACAAGAAGAGCUAUUCAAUACUUACUAGAUCAUGAAAGAGUAGAUAAUAUAAGGAGUGAUGGUGAUAAAGGAUUUCAGGCAGCUAUGGCUCAUUAUUUCCCACAAAUUAAUUUUUACUUCUCAUCUUCUUCAUAUACGUUUCAUAAUAAAAUAGUUGAUGCGGUAAUGAGAACUCUUAGAGAUGUGUUAGGGGUUAACGGUCAGAUAUACUGGGAUGGAAAUCAUGACUCCAUCAUACAACAGCUAGUAUAUUAUUACAAUAAUACAUGGCAUAGAACUAUAAACAUGAAACCAGUGGAAAUGAAAAAUGAUAUUUCAAAAGAAUGGGAAUAUAUUAGAAAGCAAAUGGAAAGGUUGAAUGAUGUUAAACGUGAACAAAUUAAUUCGGGGCUCAUGAAUUUUAAACAAGGGGAUAAAGUUUUGAUUCAUCUCGAUUAUGGAAAAACUGAUAAAUUAAUGACAAAAAGAAGACGAAGAUUUGACACAAUAGCUGAAUUUGUUAGAUAUAUUAACGGUAAUGCAUUAGUUGAAGUUGGCGAUAAAUUAAUAGAAAUUCCGAUUUAUUUUAUUACUCCAUUAUAUUUAAAUAAUAUUUAA